GGAGCUGCGAUGGGAACGUGUACAUGCUGGCAUUCGCCAGCAACAUUCAAGAUGUACUCGACAAGAAGGCCAUAAGAGAUGCCAAAGGCAGACAAGUUAUGGAUGUCAUCAAACAGGUGGCUCUGCCCGGAGAGCUGUCGGGAACGAGCGGCCCUCUGGUGGUGGAUCCCAAAGGCGAGUUGGUGUUCUUCCCCAUCCAAGACGAGCUGGCUAUCUACUGCUGCAACACCAGCAAGCCGCACCGUCCAGACAAUUUCCAUUUUACCGUUCAGGACAAAGAACGUAUGCAGUAUGUCUCCAGUAUGCAGACAUACUCUACGAGUGGAUGAAUGUGGUUGCUGACCAACCGUUUUCCUUCGUUCUUAUCGAAUACCAUAGACUAUUCCGACGUUAAUUGCUACAUAAUGUAAUUAGCAUAAAAAGGUAGUAUGUUAGAUUUUCACACCAUACUGUUCAGUUCGCUGGUCAGUUAGUCAUGAUGUC